ACGGCCCCAUCUUCUAACACAAUACACAAUUCCCAUCUCUCUCUCUCUCUCUCUCUCUCUCUCUCUCUCUCUCUCUCUCUCUCUACAAUGGCAAGUUCCAUUGCCCCAGCCAUAGGUGCCAUCUUAGUUUUGUGCUGUGUAGUGUCCAGCUCAGCUACGGUUUACACCGUUGGUGAUGCCACUGGAUGGGCGAGCGGCGUCGAUUAUAGUACCUGGACAAGUGGCAAAACCUUCUCCACUGGUGACAGCCUCGUGUUUAACUAUGGAGGAGGGUUACAUACGGUGGACGAGGUGAGCGCGAGUGACUACAAGAGCUGCACGACAGGCAAUUCGAUUACUACAGAUAGUAGCGGAACAACCACGAUCGCACUGAAAAAGACUGGGACACGUUACUUCAUUUGUGGAGUGCCUGGUCACUGCGGCCAAGGGAUGAAGCUCUCGGUCACGGUUAGUGCGGCAACUGGGUCAUCUGACACACCCACAGCGCCCACUACCUCACCUGGCACUACCUCACCUGGCACAACUACUCCGGCGACGACUACUACGACACCUACUGGCACCACUUCCACACACUCAGCUAGCAGCACAAGUUUCCCUUCUUUAGCUAUGUUACUCAUUGGAGUGGGAUUACUCCAGCUGGGCCUCUUCUAAGCUAGCCAGGGCAGUGGCAGUGCAUACAUUUUCUCUCUAUCUUUCUCUAGUUUGUGAGUUUAUUUAUGUUGAACGAAUGUUUUAGGUC